GUUUAAUUAUAUUCGAUUUCACACAUGUGAGUUGACAUUGAAAUUCCUAAUCUACCCAACCUUACAAACACAACAACCGUUGCAACUUUCGUUUAUUCACUCACACAAGAAAUCUUACACGAUCUCACAAAAUAUAACAUAAUGCUUGACGUACUCGUCUCGUCCUCCUGCCUUUUAGAACACACGAUGACACGAUCUCUUCCUUUUUUAAGAUCUUCUUUCCAGUAUCCUGAUAAGUCUAAAUCUCCAAUAUCUCUAGAUAUCUUCUUAUCUUUAUACAUUGUACAAGAAAACCUUUUCUUUAUUUUCUUGUUUAAUAACUUCAUCCAAUGAAGCAGUGGCCGUCACAAAUCAUUGUAUUCAGAUAUUCACGCCAUAAAAUCUUGUAGGUAAAUAUUUUCACGUCACCUUUUGACUUGCGCAUGUGAAAACUUCGUUGAACACUUUGUUCUUGUGCUACAGAUUCCAUGUCUUAACAAUCUCCUAUUUUUAUGUAUGACAAUCAAGAAAUAUGCCCAUAAAACAAGAACACAAACCACUAUGCAAGCACUAACAUGUAACUCAAGACAUGAUUCAAAACUACAAAACUUAAAACCAUCGUAUCUGAGACUUGAGACAUAGCAAGGACAUAACUAAACUGUUCAAGAAUCGUAUUAGUAGUUGCACACAUAUGCUCAGUCCCAAUCACAUGAUAACAUACUUUCCAUGUCUAACUAACCCUUCAAAACUCAUGAUUUUUCUUCCCAUGCUUGAGUGCAUAAAUACAUAAAAACCAUUCAUAAACACUUACAUGCAGGAUAAAAAAUCCCCCAUGAGAAAUCAGUACUCGCUUGACAUGUUCCAUAUGCACACCUGUUUCUUAAUUCACACACUUAAACCAAACAAUUAAACCAUGCCGAUCAAAUCAAAGGAAAUGGGUACAUGCCAAGAUCUGUGCAACAUGAUGAACUAUUUCCAGCGAUCGUAACACAUGCAGUUUGUACAAAUGAAAUUUUGAAGGAAUUUGAGUAUGAGAUGAACAUGUUUCUUUGAGACUAAAAAAACUGAUGCUAGUCAGAUAUUAAUAUGAGUUUUUAAGCACACUGGCCUGAGCUGAGAUGUCAUGAAGAGAGAAUGACUUUCAUGAUUUUGAUAGAUAGUGUUAUUCUUGGAGUUUUAUUACAGAUGAAAUUACUUUAAAUAUGAAUACCCUUAGAAUUGGUCUAACGUAAGUACCGUUGGCGAAAUGAGAAAGCAAAGCUCAGUUUUGUAGAGGCUUCGAGCUAAUGUAUAUACAAAAUUAAAUAACUAAUAAGCUUAGCUUAGAAGAUAAGUAGUAAAACACUUAAAUCUUAGAAUAAUCAAUAAACUGAGUUGAGGUUAAAAUUAGAGGAGAAGAAACAAAAAAAAAGAAAAAGAAAACAAGAAAAGCGUUGACAAGCUCAUAGUUCAGCCGAAACCAUUAUCGUAUAUAUAAACCCAAUGGGCUAAAAGACUGAAACAGAUUAAUCAGCCCAUACCUAACUAAAUUCUUUAGGCCCAUAAGACAAGAUACGACGUCGUUGGAUACCGUCGGUGUCGGAGUGGAGAAGCAAAAACAAGGAGGACGUUGAAACCAGAUUCACAUGGCCCCCUCUCCUUCCUCCCUACUUUCAAGUCCCAAGUGUGAAGCUGCCAUAAUUUUCGCUCUAAUUAAAAAAAAAGUAAAAUAAUAAUUAUAAUAUUUAGUUUACUUUUCUGCAAAUUGAAGGGACGCACGAUUUUUAGUGGCAAUCUCACAGCUCUCUCUUCUUCCUUUCCCUCCAGAUCUAAAUCUAAAAAUAUAAAAAAUCUCUACUUUUUCGGAAAAAUUGUUCAUCAUUCUUCAUUGUUCCCAGAAGAAGCAAAAAAAAAAAAACGAAAGUUCACAUUGUUGAGGAGGAAGAAGAGAUGUUUAGAUCAUCGCCAAGAAGAGGACAGAGAUCAAAGGGGUUCAAGGUGAAGCACUGUGUGCAGCUGACUCUGUUGAUUGGUGUUGGGAUAUGGUUGCUUUAUCAAGUGAAGCAUUCUCAUGAGAAGAAAGCUUUGUUUGAGACGAGCGCAAAGGCUGUUGUUGGUGGUGAGAAAGCUGUGAAGCUUGGGAGGAAAGAUCUUAACCCGGGCGUUGUCGUUGAGGAUGAAGCUGUGAAUGUUGAUAGGGGUUUUAAUGAUAGAGAGAUUGAGACAAGAGAUGAUAAGAACGAUGAGGUUGUGGAGGGAGGAGGUGAUGAGAAUAAUGAGAAGGAGAGUGCAGAAAGCAGCGAGGUUGAGGCUAAGAAUGACAAUGGUACCGGUACAGAAGAGACUGAGAUUGAGGAGAAGAAAGACAAUGGUACCGGUACAGAAGAAAGUGAAACUGAGGAGAAUAAAGACAAUGCCAAUACAGAAGAGAAUGAGGAGAGUAAAGAGAAGAGUGGUACGGAGGAGAGUGAGAUUGAGGAGAAGGACAAUGGUGGUGGUACAGAAGAAAAUGAAGAGAAGAGUGGAACUGAAGAAAGUGAAACUGAGGAGAAGAAAGACAAUGGUGGUACAGAAGAGAGGGAGAUUGAGGAGAAGAAAGACAAUGGGGGUAGUGAAGAGAUUGAGGAGAGCAAAGAGAAGGGUGGUGGAGAAGAGAAAAUAGAGGAAGUGAGUGAUGAGAAUGAAGGGAAGGAGAAGAAGGAUAGUGAAGAAGCAAGAGAGAAUAAUUACAAAGGAGAUGAUGCUUCUAGUGAGGUGGUUCAUGAGAAGGCAGAUGAGAAGGUGCAAGUGGAGGAAGACAAGACCGGAGAACCGGAAGACACUGUUAUCAAGAGUGUUUUGCCGACUGAUAAUGAGGGAAGCAGCAGUGAUGAGAAGAACACUGGUAAUGAUUCGGAUUCCUCUAGUGAGAUUAAAUCUGAGGGUGAAUCCAUGGAGAAGAAUGAGAAGGUGGAGAAGGAAGGGUUUAAUGAUUCUAAUGGCGACCUGACUGAGUCCAAAGAAUCUUCUGGGAAGGAGGAUGGGUCAGGGUCUAGUGUGAAGACAGAUGAGGAAGUAGAAUCUUCUGAAGUCUCAUCUCAAGACAAGGAAACGGAGACAAAGGAGAAAGAUGAGUCUUUGUCCCAAGAGGAACUUAAAGAUAGAGUAGCUGAAACUAAGGAGAAAGAAGAAUCUUUGUCCCAAGAGGAAAUUAAAAAUAGAUUAGCUGAGACUAAGGAGAAAGAUGAAUCUUUGCCUCAAGAGGAAACUAAAGACACAAAGGAGAAAGAAGAGUCUUCUUCUCAAGAGGAAACUAAAGAUGGAGAAACCGAGACCAAAGCUAAGGAAGAGUCUUCGUCUCAAGAGGAAACUAAAGAUGGAGAAACUGAGACAAAAGAGAAAGUAGAAGAGUCUUUGUCUCAACAGGAACCUAAAGACAAGGAAAUUGAGACAAAGGAGAAAGUAGAAGAGUCUAAAGAUGGAGAAACUGAGACAAAGGAGAAGGAAGAUUCUUCGUCUCAAGGUGAAUCUAAAGAUGGAGAAACUGAGACAAAGGAGAAGGAAAAGUCUUCUUCUCAAGAGGAAUCUAAAGACAAGGAAGCUGAGACAAAGGAGAAAGUAGAAGAGUCUUCGUCCCAAGAGAAAAGUGAUGAAGACAAGGAAAGUGAAAAAGUUGAGAAAGAAGAAGAGUCUUCGUCCCAAGAAGAAACUAAAGACAAAGAAACUGAGACAAAAGCAAAAGAAGAAGAGUCUUUGUCCCAAGAGAAGAAGGAAGACAAUGAAACCGAGAAAACUGUGAAGGAGGAUGAAUCUUCUUCUCAAGAGGAAACCAAAGACAAGGAUUCUGAAACAAAGUUGAAAGAAGAGUCUUCUUCCCAAGAGGAAACUGAGACAAAGGAGAAAGAAGAUCCUUCUUCUCAAGAUGAAACUAAAGAGAAAGAAGUGGAGACAAAGGAGAAAGAAGAAGAGUCUUCAACCAACAAUGAUUCACAGGGAAAUGAAAGUACCGAGAGUGAGAAGAAGGAAGCAGUUGAGGAAAUAGAGAAGAAGAAGAGUGAGGAAGACACGAGUGAAUCUAGCACAGAAAAUAGCAAUACUGAGACUGAACAAAAGCAACCAGAGGAGGAUACUACACAAAAAGAGACAGAGAAAGAGGAAAGCAACAAGAAUGGUGGUGAGACAGAGGUGGUGGUGACUGAGAACGAUCAGCAACAUUCUGACAAUAGUCUUCCUCAAGAAGUAAAAGAUGUUCGUACUGAUCUUGAAACUCUUCCAGAUUCUGGUAAUGGAGGAAACAGUGAUAACGUUGCUGCUGAGUAGAUCAAAAUCUCUCUCAUUGAUAUGUUGUUUAGUAGAGAUUUUUGAAUUUGUGUCAUGUAAUCUGUUGUAACCUUUCUUUUACACAUAUGGGCUGUAGUCACAUUUAUUUUAUUGUUUUCUCAGUUGUCUUUAGAAUCAAAUUCUUGAGACUUCAUUAUCAAUGUUGAUUAAACGUUUUUGUUGUAAGAAGAAUUUGUUGGAUCUUUGUUUUGUGUCUAUGGCCAAGUCAGUCUAUGGUGUUGUCUU